AUGAAACCGAUGACCCGCCUCUCCCGCGUCCUCCUCACCGACCUUCCCCAUGCUACAAUUGCAAAGCCCCACCAUCUAACCCUCACCCGACGUGCCAUCCAUACUACCCAACCAACCUAUAAGGACGACAGCAAACUCACGAACCCUCAGCAAUGGCGUAAAGCAAUUUGGGGUGAAGCAGGUCCUGCUGAUCCUUACAAAGAACUUACUUCAGAAGAACGUGAAAAACGGGAGAUAGAACGUAUCGAAGCACAGGAAUACGAACAGAUAAAGAAACAGGAUGCGAAGACAGAGGCUGAAAAAGAGAAGCUGAGGGCGGAAAAGGAGGCGACGUAUGCACCAGAUGUAGAUGCCAGGGAUAUGAUUGUGGCUGGAACACGGGGGGCAUUCAUGAAGAAGAAAUGGGAUCCAAAGAAUCGGAUUUGGAGAUUCCUUCUAACACGGCUCGAAAAUCCGGAGGAAGUCGCUGCUGCCGUCCGCCGUGCCGUUGUGGAAACGUACUCACUCGCAAUCGCAAAAUCGAAACCUACACAAGCAUGCGUAACCUAUAAGGGCCCGGAAUACCUCACCGAGAAAGUAAAAAUCACAAAAACCGAAGAUGGGAAGGACUACAAGUUUGACUUCAGAUCUCCAGACGUAGCAAGACGUAUCAAGGAAUAUGCGAUAUCACAAAAACAGCCAUUGAAGUCGGAUUUAGAGCUUGUAGAGGGAAUUGAAAAAGCCGAAGGAGAUGAUUGGAAAAGUAUGACGCUAGGUGGGGCUAGUUUGAAGUUUGCGGUCUUGAAACGAAGCAUGCUAUUGACCGGAAUACCUCUAACCGACCCAGUCAUGCAUGCCAUUUCCACACCAGGUCAGCUGAUAAAGCAAUUCCACCGCAUCCUCGCCCAGGGAACUUCUACAAGGCUUGCUCCAGCCCUCGCAGAGAACGAGGCUAUCUCGGAAACUCCCAACGUUGCAAUCCAUCAACACCAGAUCAAGUUCACAGAUAAGGAACGGGCCAUCGGCCGAAUGGAGACCAUCCCCAUCAUGAUGGCGGGCAGGGCUAAACAAGAAGGAGAAAUUGUUGGAAGGGGCAAAACGACAAAGACGGGUAGGAGGUUGGUAUCAAAGAGCAUGCUCAAGCUGAGAGUGAGGAAGCUUAAGGGAUGGGGUGUUAAUGGUAUUGAUAAGGCGUCGAGGAUAAGUAAAGUUGAGACGGCACCUGCCGUAGCCGAGCUACAAUAG